UCGGCGGUUCAGUGCGACACGCAGCGGUUCUAUCCUCCUCCGCCGCAGCCCUCGUUACUUCUACCUCCUCAACAUCGCGCCUCCUAGGGUUUCCUGUUAUUCACGUUCCUCGUUCAACCCGUGAGAAAGGCUCUGUUUGCCGUUCCAGACGAGAAAAUCGGGAACGUAUAGGCGCCGUAGCAUCAGGAGAAGUUGCUAGGAAGAAGAGGCUACAUCAGAAACAGCCAAGAUGAGGAUUAUGAUAAAGGGUGGUGUGUGGAAGAACACUGAGGAUGAGAUCCUGAAAGCUGCGGUUAUGAAGUAUGGGAAGAAUCAGUGGGCUAGGAUAUCUUCCCUCCUUGUUCGUAAGUCUGCCAAGCAAUGCAAGGCUAGAUGGUAUGAGUGGCUCGAUCCAUCUAUCAAGAAGACAGAGUGGACAAGGGAAGAGGAUGAGAAACUGCUUCAUCUUGCCAAGCUCAUGCCUACUCAAUGGAGAACAAUUGCUCCAAUUGUGGGUCGAACACCAUCCCAGUGUCUUGAACGCUAUGAAAAGCUACUUGAUGCAGCUUGUGCAAAAGACGAGAACUAUGAACCAGGUGAUGACCCACGAAAAUUGCGCCCAGGAGAGAUAGACCCAAACCCUGAGUCAAAACCUGCACGACCUGAUCCUGUGGAUAUGGAUGAGGAUGAAAAGGAAAUGCUUUCAGAAGCACGUGCUCGGUUAGCUAAUACUAGAGGCAAGAAGGCCAAAAGAAAGGCAAGGGAGAAACAGCUUGAGGAGGCAAGGAGGCUUGCAUCCUUGCAGAAAAGAAGAGAACUGAAGGCAGCUGGAAUUUAUAACAGACAUAGGAAGAGAAAAAGGAAAGGAAUUGACUAUAAUUUAGAAAUACCCUUUGAGAAGAGACCUCCCCCAGGAUUCUUUGAUGUUUCAGGUGAAGAUAGGUCAGCAGAGCAACCCAAAUAUCCAACCACCAUCGAGGAGCUUGAAGGAAGAACGAGAGCUGAUGUUGAAGCACAGUUAAGGAAACAAGAUAUUGCUAAAAACAAGAUAGCACAAAGACAGGAUACCCCUGCUGCAAUUUUGCAAGCCAACAAACUUAAUGAUCCAGAAGCAGUUAGGAAAAGGUCUAAACUGAUGCUUCCAGCACCACAAAUUUUGGAUCAGGAGUUGGAGGAAAUUGCAAAAAUGGGUUAUGCAAGUGAUCUUUUGUUAGCCAAUGAGGAACUUGCUGAAGGUAGUAGUGCUACGCGAGCACUCCUUGCAAAUUAUUCUCAGACUCCAAGACUAGGAAUCACUCCCUUGCGCACCCCACAGAGAACACCUGGUGGAAAAGGUGAUGCAGUUAUGAUGGAAGCUGAAAAUCUUGCAAGACUGAGAGAGUCUCAGACACCACUUUUGGGUGGGGAGAAUCCUGUGUUGCAUCCGUCCGAUUUCUCUGGUGUCACACCAAGGAAAAGGGAAAUUCAGACUCCAAAUCCAAUGGCUACUCCAUCAGCCACUCCAUCAGCUACUCCUGGGCCUGGUGUUACCCCCAGAUUUGGCAUGACUCCUAGAGAUGGAUAUUCUUUUAGUAUGACACCAAAGGGGACACCAUUCAGGGAUGAACUUCACAUAAAUGAAGACCUUGAUGUGCGAGAUACUUCUAAACUUGAGCUUCAUCAGCAGGCUGAAUUGAAAAGAAAUUUACGUUAUGGGCUAACCAACCUGCCACAAGCUAAGGAUGAGUAUCAGAUAGGAAUUCAACCCAUUCCUGAGGAGGCUGAAGAGGCUGAGGAGAAAAUUGAAGAGGACAUGUCUGACAGAAUAGCUAGGGAGAGGGCACAGGAACAGGCAAGGCUGGAGGCCUUACUCAGGAAGAGAUCUAAAGUACUUCAGAGAGAACUUCCUAGACCACCUGCUGCUUCUCUAGAGAUUAUUAAGAAGUCGCUUAUGAGGGGGGAUGAGGACAGGAGCUCCUUUGUCCCUCCUACUCCAUUUGAGCAGGCUGAUGAAAUGAUAAAUAGAGAACUUCUUGCUUUAUUAGAACAUGACAAUGCUAAGUAUCCAAUCUCUGAGAAAUCAGAUGAGAAGAAAAAGAAAGGGACCAAACGAAUGUCAAAUGGUAAAUUAUCUGCAGUUCCUGAACUCGAAGAUUUCGAGGAAGAUCAGCUGAAGGAGGCUGAUUCUUUGAUAAAGGAAGAAAUUCAGUUCCUCCGUGUGGCAAUGAGUCAUGAGAGUGAAUCUUUUGAUGAUUUUGUCAAAGCCCGAGAUGCAUGCCAAGAAGAUCUCAUGUUCUUUCCUGCUCGUAGCACCUUUGGUCUUGCAAGUGUUGCUGGUAACAGUGAGAAACUUGCUUCCUUGCAAAAUGAAUUUGACAUGGUGAAGAAAAGAGUGGAUGAAGAAGCGAAGCGAGCCACACGUCUCGAACAGAAAAUUAAAGUUCUCACGCAUGGAUACCAGACAAGGGCCGAAAAGUUGUGGUCGCAGACCGAAGCUACAUUCAAGCAAAUGGACACUGCUGCAACAGAACUGGAGUGCUUUAAAGUCUUACAAAAGCAGGAGCUACUGGCAUCCACCUUAAGAGUUAACAGUUUAGUCGAAGAAGUCAACAAGCAAAAAACACUCGAAGAAAGUUUGCAAAGUAGAUAUGCUGGUCUAUUAGCUGAGCAUGAUCGAGUAAAAAGGUUAUUGGAGGAACACAAAAUGCGACUGCAGCUUGAAGAAGAAAAUGCUGCUAGGGCUCGAGCUCUUGAGGAAGAAGCAAGGUUAUUGGAGGAACACAAAAUGCGACUGCAGCUUGAAGAAGAAAAUGCUGCUAGGGCUCGAGCUCUCGAGGAAGAAGCUGCUAGGAACUGUGCUCUUGAAGAAGACAAGGCAACAGAAAUUGAUGUUAUGGAUGAACUGCCAGACAAGAAAGAUCAGCUCAAUGCUGAUAUUACUGAAGCCGGCACUUCCGUUGAGGUGUCUGCUCCUCCUACCGAAACAAGCCAAUUGACUGUGGAAACAAUAGCAGAAACUGAUAGUAUGCGCGAUAAUGAGCAGGCACCUGCCGACAACUACUUGGAGGUCACCGGAGGAGCAUCUCAAGUCAUAAUUGAAGAGAACGAUAAUGAGCAGGCACCUGCCAACAACUACUUGGAGGUCACUGGAGAAAUAUCUCAAGUCAUUCAAGAGAAAAUGAUGGACGAUGUUGGUGUUGAAAACACAAUUGAUGUUCCUCUUCUUUCUAAUUCCACGGGCAUUGAAGUUGUAACAAAUUCAGAAGAAAAUGAUCAGACCAUGCAAGAUGUCAGUGAUCAGAAAGCUGUUUCAGUUCCGGUUGUUAUGGAUGGCGGUGGCACAGGGGAUUCAGCCGUGUCAGAGUGAAGUUGAUAUGGAGGAUGCGAAAGUGAAUCUGUGUGGUCAUGUAAAGCAUGAUGCAUUUGAAAUAGCUGCUUCGAUAUGAUUGCCUGUUCCGGAUUCCAUGAUUAUAUUGCACGGGAGUGUACUAUGAAGUCGGGUUUUCUGCGACCGACGUAUUACAACUGGUAAAAUUUGGAUGACAGUAAGACACUAGGUACUGUAUCUACUUGCGAACAUUCCAUGAAUGAUCUUUGUGUUGCUAAACUAGCAAUUUACAUCGUC